AUGUCGAGCGAUCUAGAGCGGGAGCGAGACGCCAAUCGCAAGCUACAAAGUGAGAAUAAGGAGUUUCAGAUGCUAAAGAGCCGACGAGCUUUUGUUGUUGUGCUCAUUGAUGCCGAUGCCGAUGAUUACAUGUUUCGUGAAGAGUUUCUCAAUCAUCCUGAUGGCGGCCAGAAAGCCGCGGACGAGAUAGCUGCUCGGAUUGAGGAUCACAUGGCCUCUGAUGGCAACGAUAUUGAUGUCGUGAUCAGAGCGUUCGCAAAUCUCAAAGGUCUUAAGACCGGUGUAUUGAAACGUGGGAAGAUGGGAGUUCACGUCAAUCCUGAGCGUUUUGUGCAGAGUUUCAGCCAGAGGAGCGGAAUGUUCGACUUUGUCGAUGUUGGUGAUGCUAAGGAGGGCGUGGAUCACAAGAUUCGCGGUAAAUCAACUCUCGAGCCUUCCGCAUACUCAGCAGACUGA